UCCAGCUUCCAGCUCCAGUGUCCAGUGGCCAGUGCUGGACGGGACACGGCCUGCCACAGCCAGCGCCUCUCCACGACUUGGCAGAUUACGCAGUAUCUCAGCGCUCCUUAAAACGGAACUGUUCUUUCCGAGAACAGGAAGUGUUUGCUACAGUGCAAGUGGCGUUACCGUGAGAAACUCAGAGGACCGAUGUAACGGUUGCCGGAGCCUUGUUCUACACAGGCCCUGCGAGGCGGCCUUCGCGGCGCCAUGAGAGAGGCGCGAUGAGGGCGCCUGGCCGCCGCCCACUGCCCCCGCCUCUCUCCGAGCUCUGCCGGCUGAUCCUGAUCCUGAGCCUGUGGCUGGGGCUGCUGCCGCGGCUGGCGUCUGCCGGGCCAGCGCCGCGACCCGCGCUCGUCCACAGGCACCACCACGGGGACAUGGUCGUCGUCGCCUCUGGCGGCGUUUCGUGCGGACCGGAAGCGUGUUCGGCGCUGGGCGCCAGGCCGUCUAAUCCCGCAUCCGCCCCCGCAGAGGAGGCCGCGGGCUGCGCCUGCCGCUGUCCCGGGAACGCCCCCGCCUUCCGAGAGGAUCUCGCCGCCUGCGUCGCCGACAUCACGGAGUGCCCCGUGCUGGACUUCCGCUCGCCGCCGGGCCCGCCGCAGAAGCUGCCGUUUGUCUUCCUGCCGCUGCGCGGGCAGAUCGUCCACCCCAGCGCCGACAUCGCCCUGCCCGAUCCGGAGCUGUGCCCUGUGGUGGGCUGGCGGUCGCUGGGACUUCGCGGGUGGAGCGACGCGGUAACCGCCGGGGACGCCUUCAGUCUCUUCACUGUCGACGGCAGCGUCUUCCUACAGUGGCUGGGCCCCGCCUCUCUCCGGAGGGAGCUGGAGGGCCGCCUGGUGGUGGUUUCGCUGAGCUGCGGCCGCUGCGUCGCCCUCAGGGUCGCGGGUUCUGUCGCAGAAUCCGGCGACAGCUCCGCGUCGGAGGCGCACUUCCCGCCGUCUGCAGUCGCCUCCGGUUCGACAGUUCUGGGUGCGGAUCUAGCAGACGCCGGACCGCUGGAGGCGGAGGAGGACGCCGGGGGCGGUGGGGGCGAGGCGAGUGGCGGCUCGACGUACCUGCUGGUGGGGGCGGUGGGCGGGGCGCUGGCGGCGGCCUACGUGGUGGCCGUGCUGCUCUACCUGGCCAGGCACCGGCGGCGGAGCGCCGACCGUCAGAGGCAGAAGGACGCUGAAGCCGCGGCGGCGGCAGGGGCGGCGGAGGCGGCGUCCAAGGCGGCCGCGGCGGCGGCGUCCAAAGCGGCGAGGCGGCCCACGCUGCUGCGCAGGCACCACUCCUUCUCGCUCGAGUCGGAGGACACCGACUACAGCGGGGGCGGUUGCUCCGACUACGACGAGCACUACCCAGAUUUCAAGCAGGUGGAGGCGGCGCUGCUGGAACCUGCCGGCUGCCUGCUGGUGUCCGGCGCCAGUAGCGGUGCCAGCGAGUGCCUGCCGGAGGAGGCGCUGCAGAUCGUCGAGACGGCAGACCUGGCGCUGACCGGCUCCGGUGGAGGCGGCGGGGGCGGCGGGUACGCGCGGCAGCCUCCCGUGGGGGCGGAGAUGCAGGGCCGGGGGCCGCCGGCCGCCGUCAGGCCGCUGCAGGCGCACCACCACCGCCGCAGGCUCUACUUCAAUCCCGUCUUCUUCGAGCCGGACAUGCUCAAGUCGCCACCGCUGGCGGCGCUGGAGUUCCUGUCGAAGCUGCGGGAGGUGGUGUCGCUGUCCAAGAGCCGGCUGGCGGCGCGCCGGUUCGCGCCCUGCCUCAUGCCCAUCGCCGAGGGCGAGGACGAGGGGCCGGCGGCCGCAGUGCCCGCGCUGCUCGCAGUGGAGACGUCUGACAGCGAAGCCCGCCGCCUGAUGAACGAGGUGCUGCGCGAGCUGCGGCAGGCGGCCGCCGUUGCGGCGGACCGCGGUUCGAGCCCCGCGGCGCCGUCACAGCCGGCCCCCGCGCCCGCUCCCGAUACCACCCCCGCAGCCACACCCAGCCCCACGGCCACGCUGCCGCUGGACGAGGAGAUGACCGCCGCCAACGAUGUGCUCAGGCAGACUGCUCCAGAACAGGCCGGAACCGCGUACAACCUUAUCAGCGAGGUGUACGUCAACGGCAGUGCAGAUCAGGGCUCCGAACGCGACCAGCAGACUGCUGCAGACCCCGCAGUCACCUACCAGGGACAGCCAGGACACCUCACCAUACAGGUGGAGGACAACCCGGCGGCCUACGAGUACAACCCGGACGACUACAGCAGCUUCGAGCCCGACACGCUGGACCGCAAGGCGGGGUCGCAGCACCAGAGGGAGGGGGGCGUGGCCCGCGAGCAGCCGCAGCCCGGUCAGGACGCCACGCUGACGUCACUGCGGUCGCUGGAUUCCCUGGAGAGGCCCGGGCACAUCCUGCUGAGGACAUCCGGCAGCUUCCGCAACGACUCCAUCACUAGGUCGGCCGCCGCGUCGACGGAGCCGGCGCCGGCAGCGGCGCCGUUCACGCGCGCCUACGGCAGCCUGCGCGAGAUCUUCGAGGCGCGCACGCGCGGCCGCGAGCGCAGGGUGGCGCAGGCGCAGCAGUCCCCGUGCCCGCACCUGCAGCCGGAGGUGGAGGCCGAGUCGCCGCCGCCGCUGCCGCCCAAGACGAGCGCCCCCAUCUACCAGGCGCCCUGCUGGCCCGCCAGGCCGGUGCUCCCCAGGAGCCGCAGCCUCACCGACCACAGGGGCUGUGGAGCCGGCAGGACGACGUGGGCCCGGCGCGCCGCAUCGCCCUCCCCCAGCUCCGACAGCCUCGACAGUGGAGGCGCAGACGCCGACGCCGACUACGAGGAGUGCGACGUCAGCCGCAGUGCCCACCAGCGCCUGCUUGGAUCAUGGAGCCCAGCAACACCACAGGAGAGUCACAGUUCAAGCCCUGGCCCCGGUGGCAGUGUGAGUGCUGGCUGUGGCAGCCUCAGUGACAGUGAGGCGGACGGUUCACUGUGCGAUGGAGCCUCUGAGUCUGGCGGAGAGAGCGUAGCCACUGACUCAGUUUUCUUCGGCAGUUUCCGGAAGGUAGCCACAUGUGUGGCCACAGUGCCUGACGAUCGGCUGAGGGAGGCGCUGUCUGGGCUGGCAGCUGGCAAGCGACACCGCAGCUGACGGAGGAGGCGGAACUCACCACUUCGUAAACUGUGCCUAAUACAUUGAAGAUUGAACGGUCCAAACGAAACUUUUCUGUUCACCUACAAAACUAGAUUUUACAUGACAAAUGGACUUGAAAGUAAAGCAUCAUAUCUCCAGUGUGUGGUCAUCCCAGGUCACACACGUAUCGAAUGGAAUCACUUUCCUUUGUUUUCCAUUGCAGCUUCUUUCCAUAGCAGCUCUGCUCAGCCAGGGUGUCAAGUGAUAAUGAUGAUGAUAAUAAUAUUGUGUUAACAGUGUUGAACUGUAUUCUUAUCAGUGUCCUUGCAGAAUAUGAACUAAAAUUUUAGUUGAGACAAAAAUGUCUUUCCUGGUAAGCCAUCUUCUUGGGACAGUGACCCAGGUACACAUAUUAGACUUUAAAGACUAUCUGCCAAUGACAGCACAUGCAUAUUAAUAUGUUGAAAUGGAUAAUGAAAAUCUUGCAUGGAGAUGUGCAAGUCUACAUGCACGUUCACACCCAUUUCUCAUGCUUUAAUAAGCCAUAAUAUGGUCACAUCCAAUGCAUGUGUAUUAAACUUACUUAAUUGUAGACAUGUGAAAGGUGUUCAUGGUCACACCUGUUAACUGCAGAACAGAUUCUCAGACUUUUUUCACGACUAUGUUAUGAACAUGGUACCUUUUAUCUCCAAUUAUUUUUGUGCUAGUACCCAAUUAGUUGGUCAAAUUACAUGUAAAAUAAAUGCUGUAAUCAGAAAUGAAAAUACAUCCAUAGGAAGAACUGCUCUCCAGUCAGUUCAUGCUGGUUCACACUACGCUAGUAAUUUAGUCCAAAGAGAAGUGAAUAUACUUUCCUUGGUGAACAAUGAACAGAAAAAGGCUAAGUUUAGUUGUUUAACAACUGGUGACUGCUGAGGAAGUGUGAAUUGCGAAAUGAUCUGAUGAGGAAGAAGGAAUCAAGCAAUAAACACUUCAGAAAUCAAACAGAGGAAGGAGGGAUUAAAAAUUACAAAAGUGUGAGGCUAUAAUGGCUGAAUGAGUUGUACAUGGAACCUCAAAUACGUCACCACUGAAAACGCAAAGGAAUACUUUUCCUCACAGACAAUGUCAAUGAGUGAGGUGAAGCUGCUGUUACCACACUGGAGAUGUAUUCUUGAGAAGCACAAAUGAAAUCUCAAUCCUUGUAUAGUAUAGUUAGGUUUUCUCAAAUCAGUUAAAACAAAUGCUAAUUUUCUUUAAAAAGGAUGUGGCUGAUUUCUUCCCUCAUCUCUGACAACCUUGUCAUGAACAAAAUAUUAAACUCUGUUUCUCUUUCCUUACAGAGAAUGUCACAAAACUGGUUCAAAUUUCUCUAAGAAAAAAUAUAAUAUUCUAAGAAACUGAUUUUCAUCUGAGAGCUGCCAAAUCACUACUUUAUGCAGUAUUGUAUCUUAUUCUGAACCCAUCUUAAGUUCCAUCAAACUACUCUCAGUUACAGAGGUUAACUAUACAAGUGGGCAUUUUAAAUUCCUAAUACACUUCUGUCCCCUCCUAACACUGCAGAAAUAUAUUGUUUUAUCAUCCCAACAAGUCAUGUCAGUACUUGACUUGUCACUUGUAAUGGUACACACCUGUAGGCCAUACUCGUAGCACUGAAGAAAAGAAAUCAGAACCACUGAUUUUGUAAAACCAAUGUUGUAUUCUUACAAAAUAAUCAAUCAAGACACAAGAGAUGACUGAUAAGAGAGAGAGGAAUGAAAUGUGCAGUUGACUAAUGACUAUGCACACACACUGCUCAGGCAUGUUCAAAGGUGCACCACUGGUAACUGAGUUGGGCUGCGGGAAGUUACUCAACUGUCUACUAUAAGCUUCAUUUUACUAAACUAUUUGAUUAAGCUUUUCUGUACAAAUAUAUUUAGUUACUGAGUCACUCAACAAUGGACUAAAUUACUGGCCUCGCAUUAACUCUAAUGUAGGAAUCAGGGAUCCAUAAAUUUCACAGCUAAAAUUGUUGGGGAUUAUAUACAAUUGCGAUAGAGGGGGGAUCACAAUUUACUGUGUGAAAUAAAAUGGCACAAAGUUUGAAACAUUUUCAUCCCUUUGAAUUUAUAUUUCUCCAGGAAAGUUCCUUAUGCAAUCUGUGCCUCACACCUUAAUAGUCAAUGAAGAAUUUCUUAAUUUUCUGUUUAUUGCAGUGCUGGACUGAAAUCUAGCACUGUUACUGCUGCUAUGGGUCCCCUGACUGUUACUGAAUUGACUUGUAGUACUUGAUGCUGAAAUAUUGAUAUACAGACCUGCCACUGUCCUUGAAAGAGUCCCAAGCCAUCAUAUUCAUUGUAUAUUGGGUGAAGUGCAAUAACAUUUAAUCACAAAAGAGGACAUUGUUAUUUUUUAUACAGUGCUGACACUGUCCUUGAAGAGCUCCAGUCCAUAUUCAUUGUAUAUUGGGUGAAGUGCAAUAACAUUUUAAACACAAAAGAAGACAUUAUUAUAUUGCUAUACAGACCUGGUACUGUCCUUGGAGAGUUCCAAGCCAUAUUCAUUUUAUAUUUGGUGAAGUGCAAUAAAAUUUAAGCACAAAGGAGGACUUAUUGAAAAGUUUGUCUGUUGGAAAAUGGACUGACAAUAACAGUAAUGUAUAUGAAACCAAGUGCAAUAUUUAAUGUGCAAUUCUGUGAGAACACUCUGUUGAUAUUUAUCAAUAAACUAUAACAUUUUUUAUCUUA